CUCUUACUUUCCUUUAAACAUAUAUCUUUGCCUUAGCUUCAAUGGAACAAGAACAAGUAUAUGAUUCCACCAAAGAGUGGAGUGCAAAAGUUCCAAAACAAAAGAAAUUUGUUGGAGUAAGACAACGGCCUUCAGGAAAAUGGGUUGCAGAGAUCAAGAACACAACUCAGAAGAUCAGAAUGUGGCUCGGAACGUUUGAUACAGCUGAGGAAGCUGCACAGGCUUAUGAUGAGGCUGCUUGUCUUCUCCGAGGAUCAAAUACUCGAACGAAUUUCCAUAACCAUGCCCCUGUCAAUCCUGCUCUUUCUAUUAAAAUUAGAAACCUCCUCAACCAUAAGAAAAGCCUCAACAAGAUCAAGUCCAAAACUACUCCUAGAAAUCCCACUAUUACUACACCUACUGCUACAACAAGUACUACUAUUUCUUCUUGUACAAGUUCUUUUAGUGUUAGCAAUAGUUUUAGUUCUAAUACUGAUACAAGUGACUCAAGAAGUCAUCAAGAAACUCAGAUAUUUGGUGAUGCAUAUAAACCAGAUUUGAGUUUUUUUAUGGGUGGAUUUGAUCAAAUGGGGUCCUCUACUUUUGAUCAUUCUUCAACGUUUUCGACUGAUUUUGAUAGGAUUUUUUUGGAUGAAAAAGUUGGUAAUUUUCAGGUGCCAAAAGGAGGGGUUGUUCAUGAGAUAGGAAAUGUUGAAGAUCAGAUUCCUGAAUUUGAACACAUGAAAGUUGAGAGGCAAAUAUCAGCAUCACUAUAUGCUAUGAAUGGAGUGAAUGAGUAUUGGGAGAAUAUUCAUGAUUGUAAUAUUGAUGCUGCUUUUUGGGAUCUUCCUAUGCUCUACCAAAUGUUUUGUCCUAGUUAGGAAUUGUGUUAGGCCUUUUCUCAAUCUCUUAUGUUAACAAUUGAAGUUAAUCAUCAAAUUCAAGGUACUCAAUGAGUUUCAAAGAUUUAUUGAGAGCCUUUUUAGAUUCUAGAGAUUUGGAUCAAAUUAAACUUUAAGGCUUCAUAAUGAAAGUUGUAGGUGUAGUUUCUUGGGCCUUUUGUGAGUUACUAAUUUUUUAUAUUGUA